AUGUCGUUCGCAUCAUCUUUUGCGCGCCCCUUAGUCAUUGAUCGCGGCAUUCAUGUCCUCGGAGAAACACGCGCUAACUUAUCCUGCUUUCUAGAAGAUCACAGUCGUCGCAAGCGCGGUCGUCCACCCAAGACCCCUCGAGCAGAAUCCACCGACCAACAGCCAUCCAUAACAACACCCGUUCAGACUCCUCGGAUGCAGUCGCAUUCUCUACCCCGGCAGAAUGCCACGUCGCCGGCUCUCGCGUCGCCUCCGGAGAAGAUUACGCCAAACAAGACGCAAGUUAAAGCGCUUCCGACGGUGCGGGACCAUACUUCCGACCAGCUGAAUGAAGAGGGCGACGAAUAUAUACCAAAGGAAUUUGACGAAGCCGGAGAAACCAAAGCGGACGCCAUGGGAUACCCGCAAGGUGGUCGCGAAUAUAAAUGCCGCACGUUCUGCGUACCGAACCGGGGAACGAAGCUAUUCAUGCUUGCGACAGAGUGCGCGAGGGUGUUGAAUUAUCGCGACUCGUAUCUUUUGUUCAACAAGAACCGCUCCUUGCAUAAGAUCAUCGCCUCUCAGAUUGAAAAGGACGACCUUAUUCGGCAGGACAUCCUCCCUUACUCCUAUCGAUCUCGCCAAAUCGCCAUCGUGUCCGCCAGAUCUAUGUUCCGACAGUUUGGAAGUCGCGUGAUUGUCAACGGCCGACGAGUUCGUGAUGACUACUGGGAGAGCAAGGCACGGAAGCAGGGCUUCACCGAGGAUGACCUGGCAGGAGAGAAACGUCCCGGAGCCACCAAAGCCCGUGAUGGAGCUGCAGCAGAAACCGCUAGCUCCAAUCUUUUGCCGACCCUACCCCAUAACGAUGUCAUUUAUAGCAGUGUGAUUGAGCCCCUGCCUCCAGGCCUGUCUCUCGACCCCAAUUCGACAGUUUCACUCGCUUCGCUCCCGAUGAUUCAUCUGGCCUCCUCAGACGACCCCCGCCUACACGAGUAUAACAGUGUAUCACCUUCGCGUCAAGAACUGACGGGCCAGCCGUAUCAGGACCGCACUCAAUCCAGUUCAGCGGCCGAGAUUAUCAAUCAGGCUUCCCACACCGCCGACUUCAACAAGGUCUUGAGUUCACAGCGCAACUACCGCCAGAAGGGUCUGGACGAGUUCUAUACGACGCCACGGGAAGCCCCCGCCCCAACAUCCCAGGGACAGUCUGGCGUGGACCCAGGCAUAUCCGGAUCGCAACAAAUCCAACCCUCGCAGAUGCCUGCAGGGAUGGCAACCCCUGUUCAUGCGCAGAACAUGCACCCUCACCAAGCCUCGAUGAUGGCUGGACAAGCCAACUAUGCUCAGCAAGCCCAUCAACAGGGUAUGGGGCAGUCGCCGGUCCGGGGCAUGCACCCAGGGAUGCAACAGCACCUCAUGCAGCAGCGACCCAAUCCAGCAAUGGCAGCACAAGCUCCUUACGGAUACGCAGCCCAGCAGCAGCAGCAAAUUUGGGGUCAACCGCCACCGCAACCCACCCAGAUGCCUCAAUAUAGCCAGCAUGGUCAGCAAAUGCCUAUAGCUCCGCAACAGGCGGCCUCACCCCUUCACCAUGGCCAACAGCCUCAUCACCCUUCUCAGUCGCCUCGCAACCAACAACGGCCGUCAGUGCCACAAAUGCCACAGCAAUACCAGAUGCAUCACCCGCAAGCCGCGCAAGGACAAGCCAUGGGCAACAUGGGAUUUCCUGGGGGCCAACAAGCGAGCUACAACCCCGCUAUGGCACGAGCAAUGUAUCAAGCAUCUCAAGGCCAGGGAGGGCAGCAGCAAGCCUUCAUGGCUGGGAACCCGCAGCAGGCGAACUAUGCGAUGGGGAUGGGAGGCGGCGGCAUGCCUGCAGGGUGGCCCGCUGGUUCCGGUGGUCAGAUGCAGCAGCAGCCUGGCCAACCUCAGCAGGGUCAGUCAGGAAGCCCGUUAGGUGGAUGGUCAGGCUACUAG